AUGGUGGACGCUAGUGAGACACCAGUAUCGCCUACGACGGAUAGUGGGACAAGACCGUAUGAUCAUACGGCUGGGGAUGACGCACUGUCCCAAGCCAUGCUUCGUAUUCUAGAGAGGGUCGCUAGACCCAACAUUGGUACCGAAAGCCAUGGGUCAGUUUCGGAACGUCUCCGAUCGAAUGGAGCAGAAGUUUUUAAGGGCAUUUCUGGAGUAGCCCCGAAUGUGGCUGAGUACUGGUUGGAAGCCACGGAGAGAAUAAUGGAUGACCUGGAUUGCACGGCUAAACAAAAGUUGAAAGGGGCGAUAUCACUACUUAGGAAGGAAGCUUACCAAUGGUGGUUGACUGUGAAAGAGGGUACUCAACUCGAGCGGAUUACCUGGGAAUUCUUUAAAUCCGUAUUUCAAGGGAAAUAUGUAUGGGCAAGUUAUGUAGAUGCCCGGAGGAAGGAAUUCUUAAACUUAACUCAAGGGGAUCGAUCUGUGGCUGAGUAUGAGGCAGAGUUUUUGCGACUUAGCCGACAUGCCCGUGGGAUAGUAGCAACAGAGUACAAACGUUGUGUUCGAUUCGAGGAUGGCCUCCGGGAUAGUCUACGAAGGCAUAGGAAAAGUGCCAGGGCAGAUGGGCCGGUCCGAGCUGAAGCCCCUGUUGCUACUGUUAGAUUACAACCUUGUGUUGAUUGCGGGAAAAGCCAUUAUGGCAAAUGCUGGAAAAGGAUUGGAGCCUGUUUAAGAUGCGGAUCGAUGGAGCAUCGUUUCAGAGAAUGUCCUCAGAGACCAGAUUAUGGACAAACUACUGGUACGGGUAAUAUACAAUCGCCGAGGGGUGGUCAGCAGCCAGUAAGAGGCUGUAGUAAUGGAAUGGGUCGUGGUUGUGGAGCACCAGACAGGGGUAUGGGACAUGCUGAGGCGAGACAGCCAGCUUUGGUCUAUGCAUGA